AUGGCUGGAUUUCGCUUUCCUGCGGCAUUUUGUGCCUCUUUUGAUCAUAGAACUGGUUACACACUGGAUGCCGUUUAUCCAGCAGAAGAACUUCACGAGGAUAUCUUCUCGUUUCGUCUCGAGGACGAGAAGCUGUGCAUAUGUGCUUACAAACGAGUCAUGGAUGAUAAUCUGGAACGUGGUGCUCGUUUUCUUUCGCUUGGACUGAUAUGUGAGUCCAAAACAACUUAUAAACAGCUGGUUCUUCAGUUUGAAGACCUUUUAACGAACACUAUUAACACGAUUUCUCGGUCUCCUACAAAACAGACUGAAACGUUGUUAAAGUAUUUUCUUAAUGAGUGUAAUUCUACCGAGGUAGUUAUGAGUAAUACCUCGUUGAAUAGAAUUCAGAAUGAAGUUUAUCGUUUCGGGCCUCAAGUUUUCGAGCUUCAAAAAUCCAUAUUAACGAAGAAACGAGUUUUAUUUAUUACGCAUCCUCCACUGGAAGCUGCUUGCACGCUUGUCGACUUUGCUGUGGAGACUGGUCGAGUGUCGUCUGAAGUAAACGAUGCUUUAGCACGUCCAGUACGCUCCUCCUAUCCCUUAUACGUUAUUGGGCUACAUGACGUUGACCAUCUAAAGCAAUUGGAAACUAAUUCUGGGUGGGUUGCAUGUACCACGGAUGUGGUUUUAUUAGACAAGGCUGAUCUGUACGACAUUGCCUUCCUUUGGGAUACCGAUAGCCCCUACCCAAGUAUCCGAUAUGCGAACGAGAAGGGGACACAUGCAGUAUCGUACUACAACGAGUCGAAGUGGGACGUGCUGAAUCGCCAAGCUUCCCGCUCUACCGUUCGGCUUGCUUCUUGGGUAAAUGGAACCUCGUUUGCAGCUAGUGUGUCUAUACCUGAGUCCAAGAGUAUCUUGGAACUGCUCCAGAUCCACAUAGAACAUGUUUUACUGGCGUUGAAGGACAAGCAGACUUUUUCUUGGAAUGAUCUUAAUGCUUUGCUUCUGUGUCCAUGCACACCGCAAGAGACAAAGUACUUGGAAGAGCUGGCUCUCCAGUACUGUGAGCACGCCAUCAAUUAUGACUAUUCUCAGCAUCGCUGGAUUGUUAGACCCGGUGUUGCAAUUGGCGCUGUUGUGCUCAUGAUUUUCAUUAUUCGAAGUUAUGUCAAGUAA